AUGACCAGUAUUAUUCAACGUCGACAAAAAUCUCGUUUAGCACCACGUCAACCAUUAGAUCGACAUUUAUCUGAAGUUGGUGAGUUUGAUGGAACGAUUUAUAUCAAUGCGGGAAUCGAUUCAACUUGUUCUAAAAAACGUAGUCGAACGAUCCAUAAAUUAACAGAUGGUAUUAUGAUAUCAACAACGGAAAUGAGAAGUUCAAAUGUACAGAAUGAUAAUUUAUCUGCUAUAUUAUUAAAUAGUAGAACAGAUGAUGAUCGGCUUGACGUGAUAAAAAACGGUUGUUGUGUCCAUUGUGGUAGAGACAAUACAAUUGUAAAAGAUAAUUGA